AUGAGAAGAUUAAACCUUGAGGUUGUUAAUCAAGGAGAGUUAGAGGGGUUGCUAAGUGCCUUGAAAAUCCAACCAUCCAUAUUUGAGGAGAUUAUAGUGAAGCAGUCGGAAGAUGAGUCAUUGCAGAAAAUCAGAGAUCGAAUGACUAAUGGUGUAGAGACUGAAUUCAAGAUUCAUGAAGACGGGAGUCUGCGAUUCAAGGAGAGAUGGUGCAUACCACAGAAGUGCAAAGACAUAAAAAUAAAAAUCAUGAAGGAGCGCCAUAAUACACCAUAUUCAGCUCACCCUGGGGGAGAUAAGUUGUAUAAGGAUCUGAAAGAGUUCUAUUGGUGGCCUAAUAUGAAGAGAGAGGUUGCUGAGUUUGUAUCAAAGUUUCUGACGUGCCAGAAGGUGAAAAUAGACCACAAAAGAUCCAUGGGAAAGGUGCAACCAUUAGAAAUAUACCAGGUUGGAAGUGGGAUUCCAUAUCCAUGGACUUUGUAA